AGCAUGAAGGAAACUCCAAAAUGAAGCAUUCCUGAAGAAGAAGGAAACAAAAAGUUUGGUCUUGCAUUCUGCUUUUGGAGAAGUAGAAAUUGAUGAAAACAAAUUCUGUGGAGAAAUCAGAGAAACCAGGAGUCACAUUUGGGCCAUUUCAUCUUUACUCAUUUCAGAAAAGUACCAACAUGUAUACUGGAGAGAAAUUCUACAAGUGCCCCCAAUGUAGGAAAGCUUUUAAUAAAAGCUCAAAACUCAUUUUACAUCAGAGAAUUCAUGUUGGAGAAAACACUUAUGAAUGCAAUGACUGUGGGAAAGGUUUCCAUCAUAGGUCAAAACUUAACAUACAUCAGAGGGCACAUACUAGAAAAAAUCCUUAUCAAUGCAAUGACUGUGGGAAAAUGUUUAUUAAUGACUUAAAACUCAUUUUACAUCAGAGGAUUCAUAUUGGUGAGAAGCCUUUUAAAUGUAAUGAUUGUGGGAAAGUCUUCAGUCAUAGGUCAAAACUUAUUAUACACCAGAGAAUUCAUACUGGUGAGAAGCCUUUUAAAUGUCAUGAUUGUGGGAAGGCCUUUAUUCGGAGUUCCCACCUCCUUCAACACCAGAGAAUUCAUACUGAUGAGAAGCCAUUUAAAUGUGAUGAAUGUGGGAAGGCCUUUAAUCAGAAUUCCAACCUCCUUCAACACCAGAGAAUUCAUACUGGUGAGAAGCCAUUUAAAUGUGAUGAUUGUGGGAAGGCCUUUAAUAGGAAUUCCAACCUCCUUCAACACCAGAGAAUUCAUACUGGUGAGAAGCCAUUUCAAUGUAAUGAUUGUGGGAGGACCUUUAAUCAGAAUUCCAACCUCUCUGUUCACCAAAGAAUUCAUACUAGUGAGAGGCCAUUUCAAUGUAAUGAUUGUGGGAAGGCCUUUAAUCGGAGUUCCCACCUCCUUCAACACCAGAGAAUUCAUACUGGUGAGAAGCCAUUUCAAUGUCAUGAUUGUGGGAAGGCCUUUAGUCAGAGUUCCCACCUCCUUCAACACCAGAGAAUUCAUACUGGUGAGAAGCCAUUUCAAUGUCAUGAUUGUGGGAAGGCCUUUAAUCAGAAUUCCAACCUCUCUGUUCACCAAAGUAUUCAUACUGGUGAGAAGCCAUUUCAAUGUCAUGAUUGUGGGAAAGCCUUUAAACAGAUUUCCCACCUCUUUCAUCACCAGAGAAUUCAUACUGGUGAGAAGCCUUUUAAAUGUAAUGAUUGUGAGAAGGCCUUUAAUCGGAGUUCCAACCUCCUUAAACACCAGAGAAUUCAUACUGGUGAGAAGCCAUUUAAAUGUGAUGAUUGUGGGAAGGCCUUUAUUCGGAGUUCCACCCUCCUUCAGCACCAGAGAAUUCAUACUGGUGAGAAGCCAUUUAAAUGUGAUGAUUGUGGGAAGGCCUUUAUUCAGAGUUCCACCCUCCUUCAGCACCAGAGAAUUCAUACUGGUGAGAAGCCAUUUAAAUGUAAUGAUUGUGGGAAGGCCUUUAAUCAGAAUUCCCACCUCCUUCAUCACCAGAGAAUUCAUACUGGUGAGAAGCCAUUUCAAUGUCAUGAUUGUGGGAAGGCCUUUAAUCGGAAUUCCCACCUCCUUCAGCACCAUAGAAUUCAUACUGGUGAGAAGCCAUUUCAUUGUCAUGAUUGUGGGAAGGCCUUUAAUCAGAGUUCCCACCUCCUUCAACACCAGAGAAUUCAUACUGGUGAGAAGCCAUUUAAAUGUCAUGAUUGUGGGAAGGCCUUUAAUCAGAGUUCAAAUUUAAUUGUCCAUCAGAGAAUUCAUACUGGAAAGCUUAUUAAAAAAUCAUGAAUGUGGUAAAGAUUUCAAUAAGAGAACAAACUUCCUGGUACAUCAGAGAAUUCACACUGGUGAGGAACCUUAUAAAUGUGAAGGCUGUGAGAAAGUCCUCAGUUUUCAGUCAUAUUUUCUUGACCAUCAGAGGGCCCAUAUUGGUGAGUAACUUUAGUAAUGUGAUGAAUAUGCCAAAGGGGUCUGUAAGCAUCUAGUACUCAUUGAUCAUCUGAUUAUGUUAGAUAUAAAACUUUU